CCAGUUUUGGCCCAAAACGGUUAACUUAAAUGGAGAUCCACACCAGAGCGCCCGUAGCUAUUUUGGAGUCUGGACGUCCUGUUGUUCUGGAUUCAUCUCUCUGCAGCUCUCCAUACAGCAGGUGUUGUUUAAGAGGCGGUCAGCUUGUCUGAUUAUUGGCCCUUCCCUCCCCAUAGCACCCCAUAGCACCUCACCCCACACCUGGCUAGUGCUCUGGCCCCAUUCAGGUCAUCUCUGCAUCAAGGCUGGCAAUGUCCAGAGCCCCAAACCCCCUCCCCCGCCGGAAAUGUCCAGCGGUCAGGUGGCUGAGAGCUGGUGUUAUACUCCGAUCAAAGUGGUGAAGUUCUCCUCCAUGUGGAGCAUCAACAACUUCAGCUUCUGUCCCGAGGAGAUGGGAGAGGUCAUCAAAAGCUCCACUUUCUCCUCGGGAGCCAACGACCAACUCAAAUGGUGUUUGCGUGUGAACCCUAAAGGUCCGGAUGAGGAGAGUAACGAUCUGAAACGCAAGGCCCUAUCUGUCACUUUACUGGUCUUAGUUAGCUGUCCAAAAAGUGAAGUGCGUGCCCAGUUAAAGUUUUCUAUCCUCGAUGCCAAGGGUGAAGAGACCAAAGCUAUGGAGGCACAGCAAGCGUACCGUUUUGUCCAGGGGAAGGACUGGGGUUUCAAAAAGUUCAUAAGGAGGGACUUCCUGCUGGACGAGGCCAACGGUCUGCUGCCCGAUGACAAAUUUACGCUUUUCUGUGAGGUGAGUGUGGUACAGGACUUUGUAAACAUCUCAGGCCAGAACACAAUGAACACGGUGAAGGUUCCGGCCGAGGAUCUAGGAGAUCUGUGGGAAAACUCUAGAUUCACUGACUGCGCCCUGUGUGUUGCCGGCCAGAAAUUCCAGGCGCACAAAGCCAUCCUGGCAGCUCGCUCGCCGGUGUUCAGUGCCAUGUUUGAGCAUGAGAUGGAAGAGAGUAAGAAGAACCGUGUGGAGAUAAAUGACGUGGAGCCAGAUGUCUUCAAAGAGACGACGUGCUUCAUCUACACAGGCAAGGCCCCCAACCUGGACAAGAUGGCUGAUGACCUGCUGGCUGCAGCUGACCAGUAUGCUCUGGAGAGGCUGAAGGUGAUGUGCGAGGAUGGUCUGUGCGCCAGUCGGAGUGUGGAGAACGUCACAGAGAUCCUCAUCCUCGCCGACUUGCACAGUGCCGAUCAGCUCGAGACGCAGGCCGUGGACUUCAUCAACUAUCACGCAGCUGAUGUGAUGGAGACAUUGAGCUGGAAGUCCAUGGUGAUCUCUCACCCACACCUGGUAGCAGAGACAUAUCACUCCCUGGCCUCGGCUCAGUGCCGCUUCCUGGGUCCCCCCAAGAAAACGGCUCAAACAGUCCUGGUGGUCCAGAGAGACUUUCCUGUCCAAACCCUGCUGUGUCAACUUGUACCGGCAACCUCGUUGCUCCUCCCUCGCAGUCCUCCUCUCUCUCCUACAGCACUCACAGACGUCCAAGACUGCAACCCAGGCCUUGGCUAGAUAUGGCUAGGAGGAGCUUCUCAGCUGGGCCGACCAGAGAAUUACAGGACUAAAGCCACAGAGAGGAGGUACUACACAUCUCUGCAAGGUGGUGGGGGGUGAAUUCUAUAACUUCUAAACCUGGAUAUUUAUGGAUUGAAAGCUCAAAGCCUCGCUUGUACUAUAUAUCCUUUGUCUGCAAUAUUGGAAUGCUAGAACUGAUCCUCGGAAGGAAAAGUCAAUGCCAAGGCCCUGUGAAUACAAUAAUGUGGCAUAUUGUCUUGUGCAGUGUCUCAAGUGUUGAAGCCCAAACUGUGCUUGUAAAGUGAAUAGCAUCAACCAACCAGAAUGUAAAAGAGUAUUGUUCCCAGUGUUGAUGAUUUAAACAGUGUUUGUACAAAUAAUUGUUUUUCUAGAGCACAAACAAUUCUCGGUUUGAAUGAAAGAAAACAAAUCUGAACACAUUUUAAUGUUCACUAUUAAGCCUGUGCCUUAAAGAGAUAUUUUGCUGAUUUUAAUCCAGCUCUGUGUCAUGGCAGUGUGGGCAGUGUGUGCAGAUGAACGGUGUGUGGCUUCCCUCCGUGGCCAUAGUGCACAGAGCUCCCAGCUGAGCAGAGCAGCGGAGUCUGCCGAGAUGCGCCGGAUCACGGAGAGAAGCCACACACUGUUCAUCAGCACGCACUACCCACACUGCCAUGACACAGAGCUGGAUUAAAAUUGGCAAAGUUUCUCUUUAAGCGGGGCAGACACCGUGCGGACUGAUGGGCCUUGAGUUAUUUUAGAAUUGGGCCAAAUUUGCCAGAUCGGUUGUCAUUUGAGGUGCAGUUUCAGGGGGGUCAUGAUGCCAGAUUAAUUGCCUGAACGAUCAGCGAUUGGUUGGAUUUUUGGCAUGUCAGAACGGUUGGUCGGCUGUAUUGCAGUUUGAGCAGUUUCCUACAUGGCUACUGUUAAAAUAUCCAUUAUAAAGUCUACUGAUUUUAAUAUUAUUAGAGAAAUGACAUGAAAACUAGUCUUGACUGAGCUGUGAUAUAAAAUUCAACCUUGCUGCAUAAUACACAAAACAUAUUGUCUGCAUUUUCCAGCCAUCUGCGGCUCUAUAUUUUUCUUUUUUUUCUUCUUACUUUCCUUUCAUGGUAAUCAUUUUGAACAAACACUGCCUUUCUCUCUUUUUGAGGACGCAGACAUGUUAUUUGAAUGAACUUUGAAUUAAAAAUUGGGUUCCAUUCUUACAUUCAGUGUGAGCAACCAGUGAGUUCGCACAAUGUAAAAGAGGAAUACAAAUGCACAGUGUCUGGCACACUUUAUAUCAAAGAAACCGAUCAUGAAAAAAACUUUUUUACUCACCUUUUACCACAGAACAUCAUUUGACUGAACCUAUUAAAUACUGAUGUUUUUUAAAUUUG